AGUAACAGACGGUCCGUCGCGGUGGUAACACUGUCGCCAUACAAAUUUCCCCCUUCUUAAUAGAUAUAUCUCGUGUAUAACUUACGUUAAAAACAAAAAGCUUUAUAAAUAAAAUGAUACAAACAAAAAUAAUUUUUUUUUCUUAAAUUUGAUUGAGAGUUGAAAACUUUUUUGUGGACAAUUCUAUGAUUCAAGUGAAAAAUAAAAAAAUCUUUAAAAAACUUUUUUAUUUUAUGUUGUUAAAAAUUUGAUACGAAAAAAAGGAGCAAGUCGAUUUAUUGACUAUAAAGUGACCAAUUUUAGAUGUAAAACCUUCACAUUUGGAUUCCGAAGCAACGUUUAAAUUCGCUAUAUGUAUAUCUAGGAUGAUCACUUAAUGAUGACAACCGCCAGACCGGAUUGUCGAGUGAUCUUAAGGAGAUGUUUGGCCAUUGUAUUAAGAAAGGAGGGGUGUCAGGGGGAUCCAGGAGAUUUUUGGAUGUAUGAAAGUGGCUACCUAUUAUUUCAGGGAUUACUUUCUGCCAACUCGAUUUGUUGGUGGAAUAGUGCACUGAAUGGAGCCACAAAAAGUCUUAUUUAUAAAGGUUACGUAAAUCCCGGAGCUUUACUGGUUGGUUCUGAACCGUGUGCCCUAGAAGUUUUAAGAGGAGCUUGGGCAAGAAGAGUUCUUCAACCUCCCGCGGGAUACCAAAUUGUAUCAGUAGAGGACGUUGAGGAUUGUAACGUUCUAUCGGUACCGCAAACACAAUGGACGCCUCUACCGGAAGCGGUCUGCGCGGUAGUUCUUCGGUUAUCGAGCCAAGGAAGGCCCGCGGGCGUCGAAACCAUCCGGGAAUCUCUGAUGAUGGCCUUCCCGCACGUGUCUCCGCCCACAGAACGAAUCUUGUACGAUACUUUGGUGCAAUUAUCCACCGAAAGGAAGCUCUAUCACACGUCAAGAGGUUACUUUAUCGUCACGCCAGAACGUAGAAGAUCGCGAAGUCAUUCGAGAGGUCGUCGAAAACAAGAUGAUGUUAGCGUGUCUGGCAAAACAAUGUUAAUGUCCACAGAGGAAGCCUUAGUACUAGUCCAUGGUGAGAUGACGACCAUUCGCGAUGGUGACGUCACCCACCAAUGUAUCCAGACCAAUUUAGCGGAUGUUAUAUGUGGCGGAAACUCGAGCGAUAAAAUUAUCAUCGCUCGAAGUGGCAAAAGAAGAUCCGCGUCAUUUCCUGCGCCGAAAAGUCCCGAUCGAAGGGGAUCUUUUCGUCUUUGGGGGACAGCUCGAAGACUUCGUAGGUCCGCUUCAACAAGAACCAUAGCUAGGCAUUACACUGAUAGCAGCAGCAGUACAGAGUAUCCUAAUAGUUCAGAUUCAGCUCAAACACCAAAAAAAGAAUCGUUGUUGUUCAGAUUGUUUAGAAGGUCGAAAAGAUCACAAUGUCAAAUUGGAACUUUUAGUGCUCAAUUUCCGCCUACGGAGUGGUUUAAUUCAAAAGCUAUUCAUUUGCAUAACGUUGGUACUCAAACAGUUUCAACAAAGGAGGACUCAACAGUAUCUCUUCCAUAUUAUUAUACAGAAACAGCGUCUUCCAAAUCAGCAACUCUACCUCGUCGUCACAGGCGUCAAUUAUCGAACGAUUCAACUUACGUGGCUUCCUUUAAUGAAUCUAGGGAUCAAUCCCCAACUUUUAGACCGAACGGUUCUUACGCAUCGGGAAGUUUAUCGCGUUCUUUGUUAAGAACGCCGAAUCAUUCAAAAAGUAGAGAUAGUUCAAGGAAAACAAGCCAUGCGAGUCUUUCCCCGAAAAUUCAUCAACCUCCACUCGAAAGCGAAAAAGAAAAACAAUCGCCAUCAAAACCAAAUGAAUUAACGAAAGUUGAAACAAUGAGGAGACGCGUUUUGGAAUCUUCAAAAACGAGUAGUAGUUUGGAAUCGUUAAAAACUAGUCAUAGCAACGAAGAAAAAUUGAUUGGUAAUUUAAGUGUUGAUAAUAGCGGACCAUCAAGUAUCGAAUCGCAAAAAAGUGGCAAAACGGAAAAUUCAGCAACAAGUGGCCCAUCGAGUUUAGAAUCACAAAAAACGGUGAUUAAAAAUAGUAAUUACAACGAAAAGAAAAGACCUACACCUUCCUCAACUUCAAAAAGAAUAACCCCCGUGGUAAACGCAACGAAUCUUUCCCACAGCAAUUCUUUUACACUUCAAGUUACAACGAAACAAAACGGCACUAAUAUCUCAAACAUUAAUACAAACGCUAUGAUUAGCAAUGGGACAGGAUCGAAUACGAAAAUUUAUGUACAAAACUCUCCCGUUAGGUCUGUGAUAACAUUUGAAAACGGACAAAAUUCCAAUUCAAAUCCGAAUUUAGUUAUAAUAAACGGCCAACAAGAGCCUUCAAAAUACACAAUUAAUGGGGAAGAAAUAAAAACGAAAAACACAAAUUUAAAAGAUACAAGCAAAAAUAAUUCUGCAACGAAUAUCACUGAUGUAUCGAAAACGGAGGAGAUGAACAAUCGGAAAUUGUCGCUUCAAAUGCCUAGGGAUGGUUUCAGUUAUAAAAAUUUAAUCAAAAACGUGCCUGCUACCUCAAACAACGAAUACAAUUCUAAGUCGAAUCCCGAUUCCCCGAUAAAUAAUAGUUUUAGGGAGUUUACAAGGAAUAGUUUCGACGCUGUAUCAAGUCCAACGAAAAAUUUAACCGAAUCGAAAACGUCUCUAAAUAAAUCUUAUCAAUCUAUAGCGGAAAAAAAUAUUUUAGGUUCAGAACCUAAUAUUUUUAAAGACGACGAGCGAGAUAAAACGUUAACGCGACAAAAAGAGCACCAAUUUCCGAGUUUAAGCGAUUUAAGUUUUAAUUUUACCAGUUUAGCAGCUCAAAAAAUUCUUAAAGGCGUUAGUAUUAAUAGUAUCGAUACUUUGGUCGAACUUAAUAUGGCUGCAAAUGAAAAACAGAAUAAUUGCGAUGUUGUUCAUACAGAUUUUGGACUUGUUUAAGUUUUUGUUUUCUUAAAAUUAAUUACUACUUAAUUGUGAAUUUUCUUAUCUAAGUAUAUCUUAAUCUUCUCAAAAAAUAAUUUUUUACCCGACUUUUUGAACGCGAAAAGUUUUUGGCGUAAAAAAUUAAGUUUACUUAAGUAGAUUUUAGAAUCUUAAAAAUUAACAAAAAAAAAAACUGGGCAAUAAACGUAUUUUAUAAUCUCUUUUACGUGUUUUUUGUUUGUUUGAGCUAUGUAAUAUAUAAUUUUGUAAUAGUGCAUUAUAUGUAUAAAACGAAAUAUUAGGAUUAAAAACAAAGCAAAUAAAGUAUGUAUAUUCA